CAUAAGAUUAUAAGAUAACAGACAUAACACAUACCGGUAGAUCUCAUACGUCACUUGUCACGAUUGUCACUCGAUUCCACACAGUUCACUAUACUACGUUUACUGCAGGUUGAUGUUUGUAACUGUGUGGCGUACUUUGGCGUAGUGUUUCAUACUUGUCAAUCAAAAAUCAAAAUGAUGACAUCUUCGGAAACAGACAUUGAUGCGCUCGAUGAAAAAACUAUGGAAGAUUCGGCCGUUCUUCAAGUCAGUUCGAUGGCUGCAGGAGGUUUGGUGAAACAAGAAAGUCGCGACACAGACAAUUACAGUACUUCGAUCGAAGGAUCUGUGGUAGCAUCUCCAUCCAUCGAUAGUUUUUCAACUUUACCAGAACAAGAAAUAUCAGAUUUCCCCAUUGACUCUCGGGAUCUACAGGUGAAAGUAGAUAAUCCUCAAAAGCAUCUUGAAACCUUGGAGACAUUCAUCACAUUCCGCGUUACAACAAGGACGUCACGUCCUGAAUUUGAAGAAACUGAGUAUGUCGUGCGCCGUCGUUACAAUGAUUUCAUUUGGUUACGUCAGAAACUUGUCGACACCUACCCAACACACAUUAUACCUCCAAUGCCGGGUAAACACACGCUGUUGGCACAGCUAGAUCGUUACUCAAAGGAAUUUAUAAUGGCUCGAAUGAAACUUUUACACGGAUUUCUAAACCGUGUAGUGAACCAUCCAAUUCUAAGCUCUGAAAAAAGUUUAUACAUUUUUCUGACUGCUAAACCAGCUGAAUUCUCUAUCCAUCGAAAAUCCCGCAGUAAUGUUCUCGUAAAAAUGACCGAUUCCCUGCAAAAUAUGGCUAAUAUGUACACAAUGAAACAGCGGCAUCUUGAAUUUGAACAGGUGCGAGAUUAUUGCGUGGCAUUGGCUGAUAAACUAUCAACUAUAGACAAAAUUAGCCACCGAAUUCAGAAAGAAAGACAAGAAUAUCUGUUGGAGUUACAUCAGUUACAUCCAAUAUUUACCCUAUGGGCGACAUCUGAACCAGAGCUAAAUCCAAUUUUAACUGCAAUUGCUAAAGCAAUUGAAAAUAAUGCAGUUGCUCAUCAGGUUGUGCUUGACUCAUUCCCAAGCGAUAUGCGAGAAUACUUGGCCUACAUAGAUGCUGUACGGGAUACUUUAGUUCGGCGUGAUUCAAUGCAAAUUGAGUACGAAAUGACUGUAGAUGAUUUGGCUAAAAAACGCCAAGAAAAAGAUCAGUUGACAGGUGUUGGAGCUAGUUCCAGUAAUUCACCUGGUUGGGGUGGUUCAUUAUGGAAAGGUGAAUCUCGAGAUGAAAAGCUAGAAAAAAUUGGACAGUCCAUUCCUAGGCUUGGAAAAAAAGUGGAACUCCUGCAAGACCGUGUAGAAUGUGCUAAUGAAAAUUUACGUAGUGAUCUGGAACGUUGGAAUAAAGAAAAGCGUUCGGAUUUGAAAACUAUGCUCAUAUCAAUGGCGGAUCAACAGAUUUUGCAUUAUCAACAUUGCAUGAAUGCCUGGGAAGAGGUGCUGUCAGGUUUAAAACUUGAUAACGGAACAGAAAUUAAUUUGGGCCCUUCUAUUAAGGUUCCUGCUUAAAUUUCAAAUAGCAUUUUAGUCUUACUUUAAAUGCAAGAAAAAAAAACCGCACUGUUGUAUAAUUACCAUUAAUUAUAAACUUUAAGAUCGAAUAAUAAAAUAUUUAAAUACCCACGUGUUAUCAAUGGCCGAAGAAUAUAACAAUACUAAAAUGAAUAUCUUUCUCGACAAUAAAAGUGAAAUAUAUGUAAUAUAAGCUGUCAUCGUGUAAAAAAAAUUAAAAUAUUACAAUCAUAAUCCUUUCGUACAUCCGUGGAUAACAUCAGUUUCUGAUUGUAUAGCUGGCUGUUCAAUAUCUGCUGACAUUUUGAAUUUGCUCAUCAUGUUUUGAUCCCAAUGAAAUAUUAAAAGUUAUUGUCUUAGUAUUAUA